AUGACUGCAUGUGGUUCCAGUCGGCAUUGGUUCAUCUCCCUGGACAUGCUCCGGGAGAUGCACGUCGCACACGUGUCUCCUGACGCUAUCUCCUAUAGCUCUGCCAUUCGCGCCUGCCAAAGAGGCCUGCAAUGGGAGGCAGCCUUGGACAUUUUGAGCAUGAUGUACACUCAGCAGUUGCUUCCAGACGCUUUCAGCUUCAGCACAGCCAUCAGCGCAUGCGGUGAACACUGGGAGAAGGCAAUGUUACUCUUUGGAGCCAUGCUGCAGAGCCAGAUCGGGGCAAAUGCAGUGAGCUGCAGUAGUUUGAUUAGUGCGUGUGAGAAGGGGAGGCAAUGGCAAGUGGCCUUGGAGGUUUUGAAGCUGAUGAAAUCCUUGAAAGUGCCAUUCGAAGAGUUCAGCUUUAGCUCCGCGAUCAGUGCCUGUCAAAAGUGUGGCCGCUGGCAAGACGCACUCCACCUGCUGGAUACGAUGCUGCUACUGAACCUGACCCCAAAUGACGUCACCUACAGCGCCGCGAUCAGCGCCUGCGGGCAUACUGGCAGGUGGGGCUCAGCUGUCCUUCUUCUGUCAGAGAUGAAGCAAAGGGUAGUUCGCCCAAGUCUCGCCACCCAGAACGCAUUCCUCACAGCCUUAGGAACUGGGUCCUGGAGCCACGCACUGGACUUCUUCGAGCAGAUAGGACAGCCUGAUGUGGUGUCCUUUUCAGCUGCAAUCAGCGCUUGCGCUUGUGAAGGAGCUGGGCAGUGGCAGCGUGCUCUUCAGCUUCUCUGGAUGAUGCCGUCCGCUUCUGUGGAGGCCAAUGAGAUCUGCUACGGAGCAGCCUUGAGCGCCUGCGAAAAGGGAAGUCAAUGGAUUUGGGCCUUGAACUUACUGGAGGUCAUGGAGAACGAGCAAGAGAUCUCCUGCAACGCGGUCAUGAGCACCUGUGAGGCCGCUGACCAACGAAUUCAGGCAUUGCACCUCCUCCUGAACUCCGAGACCCAACACAGCGGACGCAGCGGAGGGCGCUCAGCCGCCUCGUUCCUGUGGGCGCUCGCCAGGUUGGAGGGAGUGUCGCUCCCCUUCGGGGCCCACGGCUCUCGGCAUCGAGCACUUCAUUGGACGAACCUGGACGGGCACCGCCACGCAGCGAAGGUGGACGAGCCAGAGGUCCUUCAUGCCGCCGUCGUGGAGGCAUUGGAUGGCUGGGCUCCAAAGGAUCUUUGGAAGAUUUGCUGGUCCUUAGCCAUGCUGGGGGUGCUUGGGCGCCCUUCCUCGCGCCUAGUGAAGCUUUCAACAUCUUCUCUGGCGGACUUCACCUCUCGUGAGCUGCUUCUCACUGCCUGGGGCGGUGCCCAGUGUGCUGUUUCGCCCGAGGUGAUCCUUGCUGUCCAAGAUGAAUGGACUCAUCGUUUGGAGCUCCUGGGCGAGUCCACCCACUUCGAUGUGACCGAAUGGCAACACUUGUGUGAUCCCGUGCUGGGGAGCCUUUGGGCUGCAGACUUCAGUGGCCUGGUCUGGCCCCGCUUCCGCGCUGCAGUCCGGAGGGCGAUGCUGUGGGGCAGCCGCUGGAUGGAUGGGGAGACCUCGCAGCCUUCAGCGGUGCAGGAGGCUGGCUUCCGAACUGCGUACCAACCAGGUUGCUCACGGCAUAUGCUUCGCCAGGCGCCCAUGAGGGUACAAGAUCGAGACUGUGGACGGAUUUGGGUUCCAAGGGACCCUCCGGAAGCCCUCCACUUCGACGAAAAGCUGAUGAUCUUUAAGCCGAGCGGCUGGGAAGUGGAAAACCCGAGCGGAUCUUCGAGCCUUUGUGCGUUCUUGAUCCGCAUCCUGGGUCCACGACCCAUCUUCCAGGACGCCAGGGCCACCUUUGGCUUUUUGCAUCGCUUGGAUGUGCCAAGCUCAGGACUCAUUUUGGCCGCCUGCAGCUACGAAUCCUAUUACGACCUCAGGGUGCAGCUGGCCAACGGCGACGUCCUUCGUGAGUACCUGGUGUUGUGCCAUGGCUUUGGCUCAGCUCUGUCCGUGAUCUCCAGCGGUGUCCUUUGGAGCGAUGCUGGGGGCCGCAGCCGCGCUUCCGGGCGAGGGAAGCCCAGUCGAAGCGUGGUGAAGAACUGGGCGCUGGGAUAUUUGACCACUUCCAGCUGUAGUUGGGCGGUGGUGCGGAUUGCGACAGGUCGGCGGCAUCAGAUUCGCGUCCACCUGGCUUUUGAGGGACGUCCCAGCUACGGCGAUGCCAUGUAUACCACUGCGGCAACCAAUGAGUUUGACUGGCACGUUUGCCCCAGGAAUAUGCUGCAUCGACACCACUUGCGAUUCUUCGACUCCGACUCCCGCCACAGCGUCAUAGCUCCUCUUCCUUCGGACAUGGUUGGAGUUUUGAGCAAGAUCGUGCCAAAAGAUUCAGCCAGCAAAGAGAGGCUGCAGAAAUUGCAAUCUUGGAAAGCUGAGAUGCUGGAAGAGUUGGAUUUGGAGAACGAGGAAUUCAGUGAGUGA